AUGUUAGCUAUCGCUAUUGUUUUUAUUCCAAUAACUGUGAUAGGUAUAUUUGGGAAUAUACUUGUAUUACUAGUUAUAGCUUUAAAUACCCAAAUGCAUGACAGUACUUCUCUAUUUAUUUCCAAUUUGGCAUUAGCCGAUUUAUUAUUUUUAACUUUUUGUGUUCCCGUAACUGCCCUCUCCUAUGUUUCCAAAUCUUGGCCAUUCUCAGAUUCUGUGUGUUAUAUAACUGUUAGUUUACAAUAUAUUACUUGUUAUGUUUCUGUUUGGACGCUGGUGUUGUUGGCACAUGACAGAUUUGUGUCAAUAACAUCAUCAAUUACUGGAAGAAGUUCACGACGCUGUAAAGUUGUCUUCUACAUUUGUAUAACAGUUUGGCUAGUUGUAUUAGCUUUAAAUUCUCUUCAAAUGAGAAAUGUUGGGGUACUUCGAUUUGAAUAUAAUGGAAUUAAAGGCUCUGCUUGUGUUGAUUCGCUAGCUAUAGCCCUUACUACUGCCUCUCCUCUUCAAGCCAGAUUGUUUUAUUGGGGAUUUAAUUUGGGGGCUUAUUUGUUGCCUUUAACCUUAUCUUGUGCCUUCUAUUUUUUACUGGUAAAGGAAAUAUGGCGUCAAAAGCUUGUUCAGUCAAAAUCCUCACAAAAGUAA